UGUGUGUGUGUGUGUGUGUGUGUGUGUUUGUUUUUGUGAUUUACGAGGACAUUUCAUAUGAAUACACACAACACUAUGAGGACAUUUUGAAUUAUGAGGACAUGGCUGGUGUCCUCAUAAUUCUGACAAUGUAGAAGUGUUUCUAUGGUUAGGGGGAGCUCAAAAUCAAAAUUUUAGCCCAAGUCCCCAUAGUUCACAAUUACCUGGUUUUGUGUAUCAGCUGUGUAUCGAGACAGUGCCCCUGUAGGUGGGUCAGCGGUACUGCAUCUCCUCAUGAAUAUUCACACAAGGGAAUGGAAUCGAGGCUUUUGAUUGGCUGAUCGCAAAAAGUCCUCAUAAUUUCGGGUUUUGUCAAACCACUGUGUUAAUCUAAUUACCACAUAAGCGAAUUCAAUCGAGUGAAAAAUGCAUAACAACAACAAUAAAACUAAAAUAAAUCAAUAAAUCAAUUAAAAAGGAAUAAUUACACAACACCAACGCACUUUUGAUGAUCCGGACCUGUCUUCGAACCACUCCCACUUGCUGAGACAGCCACAUGCGGAUCAGUCAUCAAGGAGAAGAGACGUCAGGAGAUGGCAGCUUCAAGAUCUCGAAGGACCAAAUUAAAACCCAAGGAAGAGGCAGCAUAUUUUUCAUCCAUCCUUAAGGAUAAGGAUGGUUUUGAAAUAAAAUAUAUAAAUGCCUUUAAAGGUCGAGGAGUGUUCAGUUGUCGCCACUUCGAAAAGGGGGACUUCCUUUUCGAAUACAGAGGAGAAAUCCUGGAUAAACAAGAGUAUCAAAGGAGGCGCAGAGUUUAUCAUCGUGCACUUGAAGUAUUUUUGUUUGAAUUUCGCUUUAAUGGGAAACAAUUAUGGGUGGACGCUGCCAAAGAAGAUGAUUCUUUGGGGAGAAUCGCUAAUGACAGCCACAAAAAUCCGAACAGCAAAAUGAAAACAAUCACUGUGGACCGGAAGCCCCAUCUUUGCUUGUUCGCGAUAAAGGACAUCAGUCCUGGGGAGGAGAUAAUGUAUAAUUAUGGGGAUUCUGACUGGCCAUGGAGAAGCAAGAUUUCAUCCGAGACAGAUCCUCAAUUGAGACUUCAUGACACCGCUCAACAGGUGAUAUCUGAGACAGAACAACAGUCCAAUGGUUUUGUCAGCUGUGAGGCAGAUGAUGCAUCAGAGAAGAUUUCAUCCGAGACAGAUCCUCAAUUGAGACUUCAUGACACCGCUCAACAGGUGAUAUCUGAGACAGAACAACAGUCCAAUGGUUUUGUCAGCUGUGAGGCAGAUGAUGCAUCAGAGAAGAUUUCAUCCGAGACAGAUCCUCAAUUGAGACUUCAUGACACCGCUCAACAGAUUUCAUCCGAGACAGAUCCUCAAUUGAGACUUCAUGACACCGCUCAACAGGUGAUAUCUGAGACAGAACAACAGUCCAAUGGUUUUGUCAGCUGUGAGGCAGAUGAUGCAUCAGAGAAGAUUUCAUCCGAGACAGAUCCUCAAUUGAGACUUCAUGACACCGCUCAACAGAUUUCAUCCGAGACAGAUCCUCAAUUGAGACUUCAUGACACCGCUCAACAGGUGAUAUCUGAGACAGAACAACAGUCCAAUGGUUUUGUCAGCUGUGAGGCAGAUGAUGCAUCAGAGAAGAUUUCAUCCGAGACAGAUCCUCAAUUGAGACUUCAUGACACCGCUCAACAGAUUUCAUCCGAGACAGAUCCUCAAUUGAGACUUCAUGACACCGCUCAACAGGUGAUAUCUGAGACAGAACAACAGUCCAAUGGUUUUGUCAGCUGUGAGGCAGAUGAUGCAUCAGAGAAGAUUUCAUCCGAGACAGAUCCUCAAUUGAGACUUCAUGACACCGCUCAACAGAUUUCAUCCGAGACAGAUCCUCAAUUGAGACUUCAUGACACCGCUCAACAGGUGAUAUCUGAGACAGAACAACAGUCCAAUGGUUUUGUCAGCUGUGAGGCAGAUGAUGCAUCAGAGAAGAAUUGCAAACAUAAUGUAAUCUCCUCGGUAGUGUCAACCUUGGAUAAAUGUAACAGCUGCAGUGGGCCCUUUUCUGCUUUUAAGUGGAUUAGUGUUAGGUGUAAGGUUUGCUCCUGCUUUUGGCAUAAAAGUUGCUAUGAUAAGCAUGUGAAGCCCAAACCUGACCCUUUAACACCGAAUUCUGAAGAAGAGUUUUCCAGUGAGAACUUGUCUGAUCAGGACUAUUUACCUGAUUCUUUUGACAGUUCAGAAGAGAGCACAGUUUCUUUAGAACUUGAGCAUCCUAAACAAAUCGCGAACAAACAAAAUGUGUCCAGCAUUGAAUCACUUGGAGAAAAUAAAAAUGCCAGGCAAUGUCAAGAGAACCACAUAGUUACACAAUCUCUGCUGAAAGAUCCAGUUCAAGUAUCAGAUGUCCUCAAAACAAAAAUGACUGGUAAUACUGAAGAAAAGUCUACAGAGGAUAGCACAAGAACUGGAGAAAUUCCAUGUGUACAGUCGUCUAAUGUAUCCUCUACAGUAAACAAAAAUAAUUACUGCUAUAUUUGUUGCAAACCCCAGUCAAAAUUUGCAAGGCACUUAAAAAUCCAUGAAACAACAAACAUGGAUGUUGCUCGGGUCUUGGCACUUCCAAAAUGUUCAAAAGAACGCAAACAAAUGUUGGACAAACUGAGGAACAAAGGGAAUUAUGAACACAAUGCUAGGGUUUUAGAGAGUGGGACUGGAUCGUUAAAACUCAGACGGAAACCCAAGAAUGAAUAUAAAUCAGAAGAUUAUGUUCCUUGCAUGUACUGCCAUGCCAUGUUUCUUCGGAGAGAUCUGUGGCGACACAUUCGAAAUUGCCUUUCCAAACCAGAGGAAGUGGAAGUGGAUCGUAUUGAGCCAGGAAGGACCAGGGUCUUAUCUUUGGCAACUAUGUCUAACGCAACUAUGUGUCAACCAAUAUCACAGGGGGUUUGGAAGCUGUUGACUGUAAUGAAGGAUGAUGAAAUCUCUGCAGCUGUCCGGAGUGAUUUCUGCAUUCUUCAACUGGCCCAAUCCUUUUUUAACAGGCACGGACAAGAUCCCACUAAAUACGAGUAUAUUCGGCAGAAGCUCAGAGAAGCUGGUAGACUUCUCCUGAUCCUGCAAAGAGAAUUUACAAUACAGACACUUGAAGAUGCUGUUAGACCUGCAAAUUUUAAUGUCCUUAUCCAAGCUGUAAAGAAGGUCUCCGGCUUUAAUGGUGAAAAGCACACCUACCAGACUCCUAGCCUUGCUCUCAAGUUAGGCCACUCACUGCAAAAGAUCUGUGACAUUGUACAUUGCCGUGCUUUGAUGGCAGAAGACACUGAGAUGGUAAGGUCAACCCAGACAUUUAAAAAACUGUACAGCGCAAAAUGGGCUGAACUUAUUUCCCACACAGCAUUGAAUACUUUAAGUGAGGCGCACUUCAACAAACCGUCCACCAUCCCAUUCACAGAGGAUGUGCAGUGCCUUCACCAGCAUCUUGAAAAGGUUGCAGAUUCAGCAUCUGAGAACCUGAAAAAUACCCAAUCAGCACAAGCCUAUGGGGAACUUUCCAGAGCAACACUGGCAAAAGUAAUUCUUUUCAACCGAAGACGAGGAGGAGAGGUUGCUAAGAUGAAACUAAAAAACUUCCUUGAAAGGGACACAACUCCCCUCCAUGCGGAUGUCGCUGCUGGCCUAACAAAAUUUGAAAAAAAACUCUGUGCGCAUUUUAGUCGGGUGGAGAUAAGGGGUAAAAGAGGCCGAAAGGUUGCCGUUUUGCUAUCACCAGACAUGGUUGAUGCCUUAACACACCUUGUUAGCCGAAGAAAAGAGUGUGGAGUUCCUGAAGAAAAUGUAUUCCUCUUUGGGAGACCAAGUUGUUUGACUCCUUAUCGAGGACAAGAUUGUCUGAGAAUUUAUGCCAAUGAGUGUGGAGCAAAAAAACCUGAAUUCCUCAGAUCAACACAACUACGAAAGCAUGUUGCAACACUGUCUCAGGUGUUAAACUUAAAAAAUCACGAGCUCGACCAAGUUGCAGACUUUCUGGGACAUGAUAUUCGUGUGCACCGAGAAUACUAUCGACUUCCAGAGGCCACAACACAGUUAGCCAAGAUAUCAAAACUGUUACUUGCAAUGGAGAAAGGCACCCUUGCAAGUCUUCAGGGGAAAACACUGGAACAAAUUGAAAUCGAAGAUAACUUGGACUUUUCUGAUUCGGAGCAAAGUGAAGACAGUGAUGCUGAGACACAGACAAUAACAGAAAUGAAUGUUGACCCUGACUUAGGAGACUCAUCUCAAGGAAUGACGGGAAUACACAACCAUGCUGGUGGUAAGAAGCACAAAAAGCGCACCAGGAGGGAAGAGUUUGAUCAAACAGAUGUUGACCCUGACUUAGGAGACUCAUCUCAAGGAAUGACGGGAAUACACAACCAUGGUGAUGGUAAGAAGCACAAAAAGCGCACCAGGAGGGAAGAGUUUGAUCAAACAGAUGUUGACCCUGACUUAGGAGACUCAUCUCAAGGAAUGACGGGAAUACACAACCAUGGUGAUGGUAAGAAGCACAAAAAGCGCACCAGGAGGGAAGAGUUUGAUCAAACAGAUGUUGACCCUGACUUAGGAGACUCAUCUCAAGGAAUGACGGGAAUACACAACCAUGGUGAUGGUAAGAAGCACAAAAAGCGCACCAGGAGGGAAGAGUUUGAUCAAACAGAUGUUGACCCUGACUUAGGAGACUCAUCUCAAGGAAUGACGGGAAUACACAACCAUGGUGAUGGUAAGAAGCACAAAAAGCGCACCAGGAGGGAAGAGUUUGAUCAAACAGAUGUUGACCCUGACUUAGGAGACUCAUCUCAAGGAAUGACGGGAAUACACAACCAUGGUGAUGGUAAGAAGCACAAAAAGCGCACCAGGAGGGAAGAGUUUGAUCAAACAGAUGUUGACCCUGACUUAGGAGACUCAUCUCAAGGAAUGACGGGAAUACACAACCAUGGUGAUGGUAAGAAGCACAAAAAGCGCACCAGGAGGGAAGAGUUUGAUCAAACAGAUGUUGACCCUGACUUAGGAGACUCAUCUCAAGGAAUGACGGGAAUACACAACCAUGGUGAUGGUAAGAAGCACAAAAAGCGCACCAGGAGGGAAGAGUUUGAUCAAACAGUGAUUUUUGGUGCAGCCAAAACAGAUGAUGCAAGAAGAAAAGUGAAACAGAUGUGGUCUCCAAAAGAAAUUUCAGCAGUAAUGAAACAUUUCCGGAACCACAUUGCAAGGGGUAAACUCGUCAGUAAAAUUGAAUGUGAACAGUGCAAGACUGCGGAGCAUCCUGCUUUAGCUAGUCGCUCUGUGCAAAACAUUCGAGAUUUUGUUCGAAAUCGGGGCGUGUCACUGAAAAGGAAACAGGUGCAACAUUAAGUAUUUUUGGUUUUUGUUCCUGCUGUUUUGUUCUAAUGUGGUAAAAAUGUUUUAAACUUCUUUUGAAGGCUGUAAAUGGAUA